UGGAGGAUCCCCUGCCUGUCCAGCAAAACAAGACUGCAGAUGAGAAGCGAGGGGAACUGCUGCGCAGGAUUACGGGGAUGGGGGCUAAAUGGCUGGGAAACACGCCUCCUCCAGACUAUUUUCCUGGAGAGAACAACUGUCCCCCCCGCUGGCACAGCUAUAGGGGGCGGUGUUUCUCCUUCAUCAACAUCCAUAUGGCCUGGAUGGAAGCUGAGAAACAUUUUUGGCACUAUGGCGCCAAUCUGGCAUCCAUUCAUGAUGAACAGGAGUACAAUUUCAUCCGGGACUUUGUAAUGGACAGCAAUUAUUACGGUUAUUAUGGCCCAGCCUGGAUUGGUGGCCAUGAUGCCGUUAGGAGUGGGGAGUGGUUAUGGAGUGACGGGUCAGCAUUUAAUGUCGGGAGCUGGGCCACACUCAUGCCAGGCAUCUGGAAUAGAUGGAAUAAAUGCCUUUCAAUGGGUCUGACAGAUCAAAGGUAUUGUGAAGAAAUGUUUCCCUUUGUCUGCGGAACAAAACCGGAUCUGCUGCUUUUAAUGUGACAUAUCGCUCCUGUUCAAGACAUCCCUGUCUGUUCUAUAGUUAAAGUAUAUGCAGACUGACUACAUGAGAUCACAUGAAACGCUUUCAAAACCAAAUUCUGUCAAU